UUGGCGGAUGUCCAGCAGAUGUCUGUCUAAUAAAAUCAAGGAAAUUGGAUGCUGCGAUUAAGAAAGUUCUUCAUCUCUGAAUCGGUAAACCCGUCUUGUAUGGUUUUUAAAUAACAAUUACAUAUAGAACAUAAUACAGUAAAAUGCCGCCUAAAAAAGCACCUGUACCCGGCAAAAAAACUGAGCAAAAGAAGAAGGAGAAAGUGAUUGAGGAUAAAACGUUUGGUAUCAAGAAUAAGAAAGGAGCGAAGCAACAGAAGUUCAUUCAGCAGGUAGAGAAACAGGUGAAGACGGGAGGAAUUAGUGCACGAAAGAUCGAAGAUCCGAAUGCUAAGAAACUUGAAAAGGAAAGGAAAUUAAAAGAACAAAAGGAAUUGGCUCUGAUAUUUAAACCAGUCCUGACUCAAAAAAUUGACAAAGAUACCGAUCCGAAGUCAGUUGUUUGCGCACUUUUCAAAAAAGGUGUAUGCCUCAAGGGUGACAAGUGCAAAUUUUCUCAUGACCUUAGCAUCGAAAGGAAAGCAGAGAAACGUUCACUUUAUUGUGACGUCCGCAAUGACGAUGACAAAGAAACGGAUACCAUGGAUAAGUGGGAUGAAGAUAAGCUGAAAGAAGUUGUCGAGAAGAAGCACGGAUUAGGGGGUAAUCGGCCAACUACCGACAUAAUCUGCAGACAUUUCCUAGAAGCUGUAGAAAAGUCCAAAUAUGGCUGGUUUUGGGAAUGUCCCUCUGGUCAAAAGUGCAUAUACAGACACGCAUUACCACCUGGAUUUGUACUAAAAAGAGACAAAAAGAAGGAUGAGAAGAAAGAUGAAAUAUCUUUGGAAGAUCUUAUAGAAAGAGAACGAGCCAACCUGGGAGCAAAUCAGACGAGAGUCACAUUAGAAACGUUUCUGGCUUGGAAGAAACGAAAACUUCGUGAGAAAAAGGAACAGGCAAUUAAGGAUGAAGAAAAGAAACGCAGUGAUUACAAAGCUGGACGCCAAGUUGGCAUAUCUGGUCGAGAGAUGUUCUUCUUUAACCCGGAACUUGCUGCUGGAGAUGGUAUCGAUGAUGGCGAUGAGGCAAUUUCUUCUUACGUCCGUGAAGAAGAAGAAGAAGGGGAUGAUUUAGAAUACCGGGAGCUUGAUGCAGAUCGGCUCGCAUUAGAUGUUUCCGAAGCCGAUUCAACGGGGAUAACUGUUGCUGAAAAAGAUAGAUUAGCUAAUAAGCUGAACUCUCAAGUGAACGGAGAACCAUCUUCUACUGCAAGUGCAGAAGGUGCCACAGCAUUAGCCAUCAAUGAAAAUCUCUUUACGGAGGAAGACCUUGAAGGACUUGAAGAAGAAUUAGGGGACCUGGACCUAGAGGAGUGAUCCAGAUGUCCCCUUUCUGUAGCUCCUCUCCAUGUAUCUUUAUAAAUAUUCCAUCUUAUUCUUCGAAAAUAUCUCUUAAAUUUUCUUGUAGUCGAGUGUGUCGAUCCAAAUUGAAGAGCCAUGUAUUGAUUACCCCAGCCAAGCAAUCAUAAAAGAGAAAAUGCUUCGGAAAUUA